AAAUCGAAUUUUUCAUAAUUUUUACUCUGCUCCGAUAGGAAAGACGGAAUAUCAUUCCUGCGAUCGAUGAAAGUUUUAUCUUUGUUCAGGUGUUGUUUGAUUUCUAAUCAUCGCUAAAAUAAUAGCUUUAGUCUACCUAUACUUGUGAUACAAUUGGAUGAUCGAUUACUCCUUGGUGGUUCUAUCAAUAUUGGCUGAGAACCUCGAGAGACUGUUUGGUCUAUCAUCGUCUUGAUGGAUGGUACAUGUGAUGGCCAAUCGAUUUGCUUUAUUGCAUUUAUCUUCUAAAUUGUACAACACAAUUUGCAGUAAGUAGCGACAUUUGUGCCAUCGCCCCUUAAUAAAUACAAUUAGUUUUUGAACAAGAUAUAUUAUUAUCGAUCAGACGUAUAAGUUCAGCUAAAUUAUUUGUAACCACCAUUUGAAGGUCACAGGUGAAUUUAUUGCCUAUUUUCAGGGGACUUGUAUCGUAGAAUUAAUCAGUUUUAGAAGUUAUUCAGAAGUUAUUUAAAAGUUAGUUAUAUAUUAAAGAGCAGAAGAUCGACAAAAAUGAACUUAUCGUAUUUUUCUAGUAUGAUCUUUAUUUUAGUUUUUAUUUUGUAUCUAUAUUUCUGCAAAUAAAUGGAAAGAGUUUAAUAAACAAACAAGUCAUUUGCCGGAGAAAUAAUACGUGUUAAUUAUUUUGAGAGAGGAUUCGUGGAUAAAUAUUCACAGUGAAGAAAUCGAAGAUACGUGGCUGACACGUGGCUGACUUAUUCUACUUCCAGUCUGUCCCUCCUCCAGAUGACUAUAGCAGUAUAGCUAUAGUAAGGAGAAGACAAAGGGCGAGGCAUGAUCGCAAACAUCCCCAUAGCCAUGUAAUCCACGAGCUGGUCACUUCAAUACCAGAUUUCAAAAGGUUCACAUCAGUGUUUCUGUGCUACUCAUUUAUUCUUGCCAUUCAAUACUUCAAAGAUAUAUUUGAUAUCACAAAAUUUUCCUAACGUUUCACCAAACUUACUCUGGACCGUCAACGUUUUAAUCAAUUUUGUCAUCUCGAAUGACAUUAAGUGUACGAAAUGACAUCGACUGAAAUGGAACCAGUAGUGAAGGUCAACGCAACGUCGAACAUCGAACGUUUCUUCAUCGAACAAAAACAGAAAUGCGAUGGAUUGAUGACAGAAUAUCAGAACAUAACGUCACAAAACUCAACGUUACAAUUUCGCCAUUGCCCGCCACAUUUUGAUGGGCUACUUUGCUGGUCGUAUACCGAAGCCUCAACCAUCGCCAUUCUACCUUGUCCUCCUGAAACUGGCCUGAUAUACCAGUUAAAUUCCGCAGCGAAUAAUCUGGAGUCGAAUGUUCGCGUUAUAGCGAUGGCUACGAAAGCUUGUCUUCCAAAUGGUCAAUGGUACACAAAUUACGACAAUAUUCCCGGGAGUAAUUACAGUUUAUGCGAGUUGUCCGAUGAAUUCACUACUCGUUACCUCAUGGAGACCAUCCUGGAAAUAGAUGAGAUGACCGAUCCUCGAGACUACAGGAACUUUGAAUCUUUUCUCUUGGCUAAAUGGCUGCCUAUCGUCAGGCUUGUCUCUCAAAUCGGCUAUACCACAUCUUUCACUAUGCUGGUUAUCGCGAUGAUUAUUUUCUCUCUACUCAGAAAACUCAGAAAUCCCAGGAACAGGCUUCACAUGCAUCUGUUCGCCUCUUUCAUAAUGAGGGCGUUCAUGGCACUGAUCAGAGACUGGAUCUUCGUCGAUGGCAUUAGACGGACGGUGGACGUUGUUUAUCUCGACGAGAAAAACGCUUUUAUCAAGCAACGAAACUUUCAGACGAUGAUUUGUAAAGGCAUCACGAGUGUGUGGCAGUAUUUCAUCGUUGCUAAUUAUUCUUGGAUCCUGAUGGAGGGUUUAUACCUGCAUAAUCUGGUCGUCUGGGCAUUUUUUGCGGAUAGUUCAGCCAUUAAUUUGUAUAUUUUACUGGGCUGGGGAUUGCCCGUUUUCGUGGUUGUUCCUUGGGUAAUAAUACGAGCCACGAUCGAGGACACAUUUUGCUGGACCACUCACCAAAAUCCUUCUUUAUUUCUUCUUAUAAGGAUCCCCAUCGUAAUAUCGAUUUUGUUCAACUUUCUGCUGUUCCUCAACAUUGUACGUGUCCUGUUCAUCAAAUUCAAGACGUCCGUACAUUUGCAACGGAAAAAAAUGCAGUACAGUAGGUGGGCCAAAUCUACUUUGGUAUUGGUGCCCCUGUUUGGUGCUCAUUAUACUCUAUUUCUUGGGCUCUCCUAUCACAAAGAUAACCGCGUGGAACUGGUCUGGCUCUUCUUCGAUCAAUUCUUCGCCUCGUUCCAAGGUUCUUUCGUGGCGCUGCUUUACUGUCUGCUGAACAUCGAAGUUAGAACGGAAAUAAAACGAGCCUGGACGAUAAGAUGGUCGAAAAAGGCGAACCUCUGCUUGUCAACGUCUCGAGAAUCGAGAAGAAGAAAAUCUACUCGUCAAUGCAGACAAUCGAACGAUUAUGAACAUCCAACAGUCACUGGUGCCACUGCGAGGAAUGCAUUACGAUCGAAUGAUUAUUGGCCAAAUAUGCUAGAAAUGGAGACAAGAUAGAAACAGCUUUAAAAAGAAACACUUUUAUAUCUGCGAAUUUUAUAUCUUUAUAUCCAGCUUUUCGUGUAUUUUAUUCAUUUUUAAAUCUUCGGUAGAUCGAGGUUCUUCUAUGUAUAAUAAUUAAUUUCGUAUUAUAGUAUAAUUCUAAAUUUUACAGUUGGGCGUAUUUCGAUUCUUUUCUAUUUUUGUAAUUAAUAAUUCGUAGCCUUUAACUUUAUAUCACUUCAUUACAACCAGAAAAUUUGAUCGUUUAAAGAAAAUUCCAAUGUAAUAUUUUUAACGUUAAGGAAUAUGUAUCGUAGAACUAUGAUAUAUUUUAUGCAAUUGGUAAUACAAUGAAAAUAAUUAUUCCUAUCAUUGGUACAGUGCAUAUAUCUUUAUUAAAGCACAUCUGUCCAACAAAAUACGUGACUUUUUCAACCGAUAACGACGACUGUACGUUCCUAUGUACCAACAGGCACUGAAAUAUCGAUCAUACUGUUCCUGAUGCCACCCUGUUCGUGCUGCACCCUUGCGUUUAUCGCUCGCUUCGCGAUAUUUGUUCUUUCAAGAAACAGCUUUUUUAAUUCAAAGAUCUCACCAGAUUUUGCCAAUUAAUUUCUUUUCUCUUCCAUAUUCGACUCCUUCGAUAUUUCUCAACCCAUUGUCGUGUAACAUCGCGUACACGAAAUAUCGUGUCACACGCGUGAGAACGAAUUUUGACUACAGUCCAAAAAGGAUACAUUCAAUUUGUUUAUUUCUAUGAAAAAGUGUGUUCACUGACGCUUCGAAAAUUUAAUCCUUGUCUUUUAUUCACCUUCUCCUUAAUUGCUAUGUUCGCCUUUCAAGUCGUCCGUCUCUUCGUUCAAUUCUCUACACAGUUAUACAAUUACUCAGUUACAAUCUAUCCAGCACGCAAGAAAUACCAAACGAGCGUAUAAUAGAUAGAUAG